AUGACUACAACUAGUACUUCUGCUUCCCAGCUACAACAGCGCCUGCCGGAAGAAAAGCCUUGGCCGCAACUGAGUGGCGCCAACGAAGAUGCUCAAACCUUCAAAUGUAAAUACGUAACCAACCACAACUCCUUGGGUGAUGGGAAUUUCAGUGUUGUGAAAGAAUGUAUGAACGUACACACAAAGGACUUGUAUGCGAUGAAGCUUAUCAAGAAGCAGACUGUUAAGAACAAAAUUCAACUUAUCCAAAGAGAAUUCGACCUAUUGAGGUCAAUUAGCGAGAAAAUCAGGGAUAUGGAAAAAAGAAAUGAACAUUCUUUGGACAUUUUUGAAGGGCAUCAUCAUAUUUUACAACUUUUCGACUAUUUUGAAACUGCAGACAACAUUGUCCUGAUCACUCAGCUGUGUCAAAAAGGAGACUUGUAUGAGAAAAUCGUUGAAAAUCAAUGUUUGGACCUCGAAACCCAAGUCACGUCGUACUGUGCUUGUUUGGUAAGUGUCCUCGAGUUUUUGCAUUCACAAGGUGUUGUUCACAGAGACUUGAAAGCAGAAAAUGUUUUAUUCAGAUUGAGGGUGAACGAAAACGAAAAAAACUUACAAGGUGAACACCAUGGAGAUUUUAAAUACGAUCUCUUGGCGCAUGACUUAGUCCUCGCCGAUUUUGGUCUUGCUGCUGAAUAUAACACGAGCAAGGUAAACUCGUUGAAGGAGUUUGUUGGAACCAUCUCAUAUAUCGCUCCAGAAAUCGUCAAAUGCAAAGGUGUCGGUGAAAUGACUCCUGAUCAAGUUGACAAACUAGACAAAUAUGGCUGUCCGGUGGAUAUAUGGGCCCUCGGUGUGCUGACAUACUUCAUGGCCUUCGGCUAUACUCCCUUCGACUGUACUACGGACGACGAAACUUUAGAAUGUAUUUCGAAAUGCGACUACUAUGUCGACGAACAAAUGAUGCACGAUCCUAAAUACGAACAGUUUUGGAAUUUUGUUCAAUGCUGUUUUACUAUUGACCCAGCCGUUAGGCGUUCUGCUAAGAAUUUGAAACAGCAUCCUUUUAUCAGGGAUUAUUUUGCUACUUCAAAUUCUUUAAAUACAAAGGACACGCCGAAUUUCUCAUUUAACCCGACAAUAAGGAGAGUAUCUUCUACAGCGUCCAUGCACACCUUGAGGUCUCCUUCUAAAUCAAGAAAAACCACCACUCUGGCGUAUUUGAACAUGGAUGGUGGAUCUUCAGAAACUACUACUGCCUUCAGCAGCAAGAUGGAUUUACCUGACCUUUACGUUGACAGAACCAUUAAUUCUCGUGAAAGAUCAUUGAAUAGAAUUCGAGACACUUUGAAGAAAACAUUAUCCAUGACAUCUCUAAAGCCCGCGGCCACAUUUGAUUAUCUCCAUGCUAACAAAAAUGGUACUUCUUUAUCAACAUCCAAAUCAGGGCUCGUGAAAAAGAACUCCACAUUCGUCUUGGACCCUAAGCCACCAAAGAAUAGUCUGAUGAACGGCUGUUUCAGCACUACUCCAGAAUCGCGCUCAAAUUUUAAUACCCCUAAAACCUUAUCCAGACAAGGCUCCUCUACUAGUGUAAAGAAAUACGUCAACGAGGUAGACUUACUUUUAACACCACGCACGGCUUCGAUGAGCAGCAAUGAUACCACAGCUAUUAACGAUAACGAUAUUACUAACGAUAAGAAUUCUGCAAGAAAACACGCAGCCUCAUUCCAGGUGAAUGUUGAUGAUUCUGAUGGUGAUGAAACCAUGCAGAUAUAA